AUGACAGAUGUGGUUUCUACUCCUCGACCACGGCGGUCAACUUCUUCCUCCGGGGGCAACUCUGCCCACUCGGUCAUGGAACGAAGAGCCAGCGAGGAGACGGACGAAGGACCAGACUCUAUAGGCUCUGCUGGCAGCCGCGGGAGCAGAAAGCGCGCCGCUUCCAUCGACAUUGAGGAAGCAAAUAGCUCCAGAGGGAGAGAGUUCAGCUUGGAGACCGGACCGAUGGGUAGCGAGGGAGGCAAGGACUACAUUUGUCUCUGCACGCCUGCUCUCAAGGUCCCAAGACCUCGUAACGUUUGGCCGGCGGUCUUCGUCGCAGACGUGGUCUGA